UUUCUUUACACAAACAUGCUUCCUUAUGACCUCGAAUCCUAUGGAACAGCAAACCUCCAUGAUGUACUUUCCAAGUUGACUGUUGCUGAACAAAUUUCUCUACUUGCUGGCCCAGACUGGUGGACAACGACGCCUAUCCCGCGCGUUGGAAUACCCCAUAUUAAAUGUUCAGACGGUCCAAAUGGUGUGAGGGGCAGUUCACAUUUUUUGCCCACUCCAUCCCAGUGUAUUCCAUGCGCAACGGCCCUUGGAGCGACCUUUGACAUCAGUCUAAUAAACGAAGUGGGAGGCUUAUUGGCGCGCGAAUGUAAAGCUAAGGGAAGUAGUCUUCUCUUAGCGCCUACAUGUAACAUACAACGAAAUCCGCUGAACGGAAGAGCUUUCGAGAGUUUCAGCGAAGACCCAUUUCUCUCUGGAAUGAUUACUGCUAACUACAUACUUGGCCUUCAAAAUAACGGCGUCGGUGCUGUCAUCAAGCAUUUUGUGUGCAACGACAUGGAACAUGAGCGACUUUCUGUCGACAUUCGUGUGGGAGAGCGAGCUCUACGCGAAAUAUACCUCAUGCCUUUCAUGCUGGCUCAGAAGAUGGCCAAACCAUGGGCCGUCAUGACGUCCUAUAGUCGCGUCAAUGGGAUUCAUUGUUCAGAGAACCGCCGACUACUACAAACUAUUCUCCGUGAGGAGUGGGGUUUUAAUGGCAUGGUAAUGAGUGACUGGAGUGGUACCUAUUCUACUUCAGAAGCUGUCGCCGCUGGACUUGAUCUCGAAAUGCCUGGGCCGACGCGUUGGAGGGGGGAUCUCAUCAAUCAUCUCAUUCAUGCUGGUAAAAUAUCUUUCAACACCUUAUCCUCGCGAGUCUACGCCAUCCUUCAAAUCGUUCAGCGUGCUGUACUUGCAGACCCAUCAAUCGUUAAGAACAAUAUGCUCCCCGAGCGUCAGCUCGAUUCUCCUGAUGACAUUAUCCUCAACAGGAGAGUGGCUGGGGAGAGUAUAGUUCUACUCAAAAAUGAUCUUGGAGUCUUGCCUCUUGAUAUGAAUAAAAUAAGGAAGCUCGCGGUCAUUGGACCAAAUGCUAAGACGAGGACCGUCAGUGGUGGUGGCUCAGCAUUUUUGCUCAGUAGCUAUAUCGUGACACCCCUUGAGGGAAUCGAGGCGGCCCUUGGGGGAACAGAUAUCGAUGUCGUAUAUUCACCAGGAUGCUAUGCACAUCGAUACCUCCCUAUGCUUGACGGAUGGAUCAAGACCGCCGAUGGCACAGAUGGCUGGACGGCGACAUUCUACAAUUCCGACCCUGACACUGGGGCUUCUCCGCUUUCAACGUACACUCUCCUCUCAACACGCCUCCGUAUUAAUGAUGAGAAACCUGAAGGUUUAGCAGAGCAUUUCUACAUAUUACUCUGUGGAUAUAUUACCGCACACGAGAGUGGUCCCUUCGAACUGGGCAUAUCGCUGGUUGGACGAGCGACCAUGAGCCUCGAUGGGAAGUUGAUCGUGGAUAAUGGCAUGAACCGUCCACAGACUCCCGGCGAUAGUUUCUAUGGACUAGGAACUAUUGAAGAGACUGCCACUGCGGACCUCGUUAAAGGACAAACAUACGAGAUAUUCGUAAAAUACACCAAUACGCCACUUCCUGUCUCCUCCGACCAAAGGGAAAUGAAACAGCCUCCUCUCAUGAUGGCUGCACUUCGUGUCUCUGGUGCACCCAAAAUCGACCCUGCCACAGCUCUUGAUGAUGCUGUCUCUCUCGCCUGCGAUGCUGAUGCUGUGGUAUGUGUUAUUGGAACCAAUAUGGACUGGGAGGCCGAGGCAAGCGAUCGAAAAGGGUUGGAUCUUCCCGGACUCACGGAUGAACUCUUGCGACGCUUACUCAUCGCGAAUCAGAGUACGGUUGUGGUCAACCAAUCGGGUUCUGCAGUGGCGUUCCCUUGGGUGGACAAGGCAAGCACCAUGGUACAGGCAUGGUUUGCCGGAAACGAAUGUGGAAAUGCCCUCGCGGAUGUUAUCUUUGGAAAAGUCAAUCCCGCUGGCCGGUUACCCCUCACGUUUCCCAAGUGCAUCGAGGACUGUACAGCGCAUCUCAAUUGGGGUGCUGAGAGUGGAAGAGUGACAUAUGGUGAAGGUAUCUUUGUCGGAUACCGUGGAUAUGAAGAAACUAAGCGGGAACCGAUGUUCUAUUUCGGUCAUGGACUGAGCUACACCACAUUUGAAUGGUCCCCGCUUGAAGUUAAGCUUACCGGUGCUUUGACUGAAAUCCACGCCACGGCUAAACUCACUAUCACGAACACGGGGUCGCUACCGGGAUCAGAUGUCGUUCAGUUAUACGUUAUCGAUAAAGAAUGCUCUUACCGACGUCCCAAGCGCGAACUCAAAGGGUUUGCCAAAACUGAGAUACUCGCUCCAGGGCAGUCAUUAGAAGUGGAGAUCACUUUGGACAAGUCAGCGUUCUCAUUCUAUAAUGAUGCGCUGAUGGCUUGGGUGGUGGAGAAGGGGUUGUUCCAGAUAUGUGCCUCUAGAAGUGCGAAUGCUGUGGACGUGAUGAGUGUUGCGGAGGUACUGGUUGACGAAGACCUCAUUUGGAGUGGUAUUUAAAGGACAGAAAGUGAUCCACUAUGUGUAUGCUUAGCAAAUGACCGUGCUGUAUAAUUCUACCUACCUACUGAGAUAGGAUCAAACGUGAC